GCGAGACAAGGAGGUUCAUUAUUUGGACUUCUUACGCGCUUACGAGUGUGCUCGUGGAGACACAGAGCGUAUUGACUGUUUAUCCGGCACAGAAACGUCAAUUCUAUAGCUACGGCAUUGUUUUGGGACCCCAAUCGGUUACAUGGCGUGUUUUGAGUGCAGCUGGCGCCUAUCCUUUCUCAAGUACUCAAUCUUCUUGUCUAAUGUCGUUGGAUGGCUUGUAGGAGCGGGCCUUAUUGGAAUUGGUAUUUGGGUGAUAACAGAACGGAGCAAAUACGAUUCAGUCAACAACCUGGCCUUCAAUCCAUCUCUCAUUAUCCUAAUUGCAGGCUCCAUCAUGUUUAUCAUCGGAUUCUUUGGCUGUGUAGGCGCUAUCCGUCAGAACAGAUAUCUCUUAGAGAUUUACGUCGUUCUGCUGACAGUGAUUUUUGUUCUCGAAGCCGUUGCUGGCGUUCUCGCUUUUGUAUAUCGAGAUGAAAUUAGGGAUGAGGUCAGGGGUGUUCUUGAGGAGACAGUGAAGAACUACAGGAAUCAGGAUUAUGAUCAUGAUUUGCAGGAUGCGCUUGACGGUAUUCAAGAGCAGUUGGAGUGUUGCGGUGCAAGCAACUACAAUGAUUGGGAGAUGAAUCGGUACUACAGCUGUGGGUCACCGAGUGUUAAUGCGUGUGGGGUUCCUCAUUCGUGUUGUAAGACCGACAAGGGUAAUUCUCUGUGUGGCUCGAAUACGCGUCGUUUCACAUCGACAACCACUCUGGCUCCAAGUCAGAGCAAUGUGUAUGUCGAUGGAUGUAUAUACGCGUUAGAAAACUGGUUUGAAGAAAAUUUGGUUUUGAUCGGAUGGUUUGCUUUUGCCUUGGCUUUUGUACAAUCAUUGGGGAUUGUAUUUGGAAACUGUUUGUUGCGGGAUGUUGCAGUGAAGAUGCGAAUGUCUGAGGUUGAAGAUGAAGUGUUCAGCCUUUAAUGUCACAUGACCGGUGAGGAGUCAGUCAUUAUUUUUAUAGCCGUUUUAUAUCAGUUUUGAAUUAUCAGUGUUGGUAGAGUAGUUUGUGUACUUCAAUUGUAAAAGAUCAUGUUGUGCAUAUGACAGUCAGUAUACACCAAUAAAAAUGGUCACUCAGUGGGUCA